UUGAUUUGUUAUUUAUAAGGUUUGUUUGGUUGUCAUAGUGUAUUAAGAUGUGAACUUAGAGGAUAAUAUUAGUAUGCUGUCACGAAAUUGUAUUGCCAAGCUCAAAUGCUAAGUGCUUUUGUAUUAAGCUCUGAACUUAGAACAUAGUAUUGGCAGUUUUGUAUGUGUCUUAAAUUUGCAGUAGUUUGUUGGUAUGCUGUGAUGAUUCCAUAGGUCAUAUUGGUUCCGAAGUGAGUUUUGAAGUUGUCAGCUACCUUUUUUUUAACCUGUGGAAGCAGGAGUAGUUUUGGAAGCACAAGCGGAAAAGUGCACAAGUAAGGCAUCGAAUUAUGAAGAGAUUACUUAAGUCGUACUGAAAUGUUAUUUUAAAGGCGACGAGAAGAAGUUAUUUUACAGCUGUAGAAGCUGUAAGAAGCGGUGCAGGUAUAUAAAAUUCUGAAUCCUGUGCUUUGUUCUAGCAUAGGAGUGCAGAAUUUACAAAACGACAAAGUGCUAGAAGUUAUUAAACAUAGAUAGUAGUGGUAAGUAGAAAAAGCUAUUGCAGAUUCAAUAGCUUGCCCAAAAGUUUUUGUGGGUGACUUGAUUCAGUCGUUUUUGAUCUUGAGGCUGCGGUGUUUUUUGGGAUUCUUUGAUGCAGCAAUUGUACCUUCCAUGGUGUGACUCUUUGAAGCUUCAGUAGUUGCAUUGGCUUCCAUGGUAGCGGUUAAAGCUUGGACUUCUAGAGUGAAUGGUUCAGUAGGUUCAGCAUUUUGCAUGGCAGUGGUUGGAGCUUUUGGUAUUGGCGCAGAUGUGUUGACCUUCGAUUUCAUCCAGACGCUGUUUUUUCGGGGAUGGUGCUUGUGCCAGGAGAUGCUGCAAGUCAUCUUGGUCGUCUAUGAUUUCAGUUGCAGCAGCAAACAUGUGGAUGCUGAAGAGGCAGAGUUCAACAUCUCUUGGUGCAUAUUUAACAGAUGUAGCAUGUGUGAGGCACUAGCCUUGGCAUUGGAUGGACUCUUUCUUUGCAAUAGUUGCACCAGAAAGGAGGUAGUAUGGGCUGGCAACCGUGGCCAAGUACUUUGUUUCCGACGAAGACGGAGUCUCACUGGGGCCUUUCUUGCUUUUGCUUCAGGACAAGGUCUUCAAGGACAGCUGGUACAAACUAAAAGGGGCGGUAGCGGAAGGGGGAAUCCCAUUUGAUAAGGUUCACGGGAUGCACGCGUUCGAGUACCCAGGGAAGGAUCCCAGGUUCAAUGAGGUAUUCAACAAGGCCAUGAUCAACCAAUUGUGCUCAGCAAAAUCUUGCAGUCCUCGUACGAGGGUUUCGAGCAAGUUCAGAAGCUUGUCGAUGUUGACGGCGGUCUUGGAGUCACCCUCAACUUGAUCACUUCCAAAUACCCACAUAUCAAGGGUGUUAAUUUUGACCUUACACAUGUGAUCCAACAUGCCCCGCCCUAUCCCGGAGUGGAACAUGUUGGAGGGGAUAAUCAGAAGAUUUAUCAGAUGACAAUGUGGACUUUAAUGAAGUUCUAUCUAAACUUCGAAGGAGCAGAGGCCAUAAAGUAGAAUGGGAGUUUGAGGCAGACAUGCUUGCAGCAUUUGGUAAGGAUCCUGAACUGUGCAUGAAGGGCAUCUGUGCUCUUUAUCGGAAGCAGACUGCUGAUGAAAAGAUUGGCAAGUUUACGUAUUAUUCCAAUCAGCAAGGGUUUAGCCACUGUGAUGCACUCAGGUAUGUAUCAUGUAGGUUCAAUAUUUUAACCAUAUUUAUAUGGGUCUCUCUAGUGGUUGUUGUCGCUGUAAAGUGUUGGGUCGCUUGGUAUGAGAGGAAUAGUUUUUCUUUGCUAUAUAUUUGUAAAGCUUGUUUAUAGGACUUGAACUCAUCCUCACAUAUAUCGCAUGCAUCCCAGAGAGAAUGAUGAUUUUGUUAUGGUUCUUUUACUAAGAAUGGAGGGACUGGUUUCUCCUAUUUGUGAUUCGAACAGGAGUAUAUGUUUCCUCUCUCAGGCUAGGAGAAGAAUUGUAAGUGGAGUUAAGUGAUAGGAGAGCAACUUAUUGAUUAUAACGGUACCUCGAAUAAUUUUGAACUGAAAAGCUGUUACCGGCGUUCUCAAAAAAAGAAAAAGAAAAGAAAAGCUGUUACUGGACUUGUGUCGGGAGUUAUAGGACAUGAUUUCCUGCACUCUUCUCAAUUUACUUUGUAGCAUGUAAAAUAUGACAAGUUCACUUCACCUACCUUUCCCGUGGGUUGGAUGAGAUAAUGCAUCAUUUCUGAAUCUCUGAUGUAUCUGUAUGACUGUACCCAUCUUUGUUUCUCCUGGAUCCCAGGUUCCUUUAGUAACUAAACCACUAGUAAUUCCCAAAUUUGUCAUUUUACAUUCUGAUUGUACUUGUGGUUGCAUAUAGUUGUUUGAUGAUUUAAUGGGUUCUGUUCGUUUAGCAAAUAUACUUUGUAGUUGUACGUCGAUUCAUUCUCUUGUAGGGGAAGUAUUUUGGCCAAGUUUCUUACUGAGGGAGAUCCACAAGGUGAUGUGAAGAAAUCUGUGGAGGAGUUGCGGGAGUAUGAUCCCAAGGCACCAGAACUGUGCAGGACACUUGCGACUCACUACUCUAAGCAACUGUUUGCAAUAUACAAGAGCAAAGAAGAUCCUCUUUUUCUCCUAUCUUGACAUGGGCAGCCCUAGAUUCUAUGGCAAGGACAGUGGAAUUUGUAGAUAGCCUGACUUUUAGGUUAGUUAUAGAUUUAUAUGCUUUGCGAGGUAUGAUCAAAGCUGUAUAUUACAGAUAAUAUGUUAGUCCUGAUGAUUUUGCGAGGACUCUUGUCGUUAGUACACCAGAAGAUAUGUGCAAAA